AGGAUAACAACAGUGAGAGAAGUAAAGGCAGGAAUGUCAUAUGAAAUAAGGGAGUUUGACAAGUAGGAAAGGAAGAGAGGAAAAGGCCAAAAGGGACCAUAAGAGUGAGAGGAGACAGACAGAGGACAGGAAGCAGCUAUCUCUCCAUCUCCUACAUGGUGUUGUAGGCGUCUAUGGGUCUGUCACUCAAUCAGGACGACAGGCGGACGCAUUCACUCGCCGGCUCUCUUGUCUUCCGCAUGCGCUCACACCGAUGACUUUGCUGUGUGUGUGUCUACAGAUGGCAAACCUUGUGACUUCGUUGUGCUGUGUAGUUCUGGCCGCAGUGGUGGUAGCCUACGCUCAGAGACGCAGUCAGCUUGUUGCCAGGAACCAGUAUGAGCGAAUGGGCAGUGAUGUCACCAUGCAGUGUGGCUCCCUGGACAACGACGCAUCAGUGUCAUGGAAGGUGAACGGGACGGAUGUGAAGGCCCAGCACCGUCUUGAGGGCCCCAGACUGAUACUCACCAAAGUGGACCUUGGCCACAAUGGACUCUACAGCUGCUUUCAAAACCCGCACGGAGAGAGACGCGACACCAUAUACCUCCACAUCGGCAUUCCUCCUCGAGAGCCCACAGUCACCUGUCGAUCCAAUACCUACCCGAAAGGCUUCUACUGCAGCUGGCACCAGGUGCACCCAACGUAUGUCCCCACGACCUUUGAAGUGGAUGUACAACAUAACCAACGUUCACUGGAGGUGCAGAAAGAUCCGGACCACAAGAAUCGCUGUCGUGUACGUUUUCCCGAGGUCUUUUCCAGCUUCCCCUACAAAGUUAACGUGACAGCUGUCAAUGCCUUGGGGAAAGCCUCCACCACCAUUUCCUUUGAAGAGUCCAGUAUAGUCAAACCAGACCCUCCAGAGCGCGUGACAGCAACCCCAGUCCGUUUCAAUGCUAAAAGGCUGGAAGUGACCUGGCAUAGCCCUGCCACCUGGCCCGACAUUGACAACUUCCCUCUGAAAUACUUCCUUCGAUACCGACCACUCAUCCGAGAGCAGUGGCAGCACGUUGAGCUAUCUGACAGCACCUCUCACACCAUCACUGAUGCCUAUGCUGGGAAGGAAUACAUCAUCCAGGUGGCUGCCAAGGACACGGAGAUUGGAACAUGGAGUGACUGGAGCGUUGCUGUCCAUGCUACACCCUGGAUUGAGGAUCCUCUGCCGAUCACUUCCACAACCGAAGUGGACUUUUCCACCGAGACUAAGACCUCCCCCAUACCGUCCUCCAAUGCACCACAAAAGGCUGAACCUCCAGUGGGCAGAGCUGCCAGGCUUCUCACAUUUUUCUCCCCUUUGCUGUUAGGAAUGCUGCCGCUGUUCAUGUGAUGUAAAUGUCUUAUUUCUGAAGGCAUUUGAAGAUGAAGAGGAGGGAGAGGCGGCUGUUCUUUUUUCUAUUUUGCACAUGUUUCAAGGAUACAGUGCAUUGAUCAUUUCUGUCCAUCACACAGUUACUCACCAAGAUUACCUAGACGUGAAAUCAGACGAUGAUAAUGCGAUUCAGCAUUUUUGAUUAAUGGUGACAAGGAAAUUCUUCAGAGGAACUUUUGAAAGCAACAUCCUCCUCAUCAUUGUCAACAACAACAACAACAGCGACGGGAGCAGCAACAACCACAACAGCAGCAGUGAUAUGAGCAUAAACAGUCUUAUGGUUCCCCCCGGUGGCUUCGAAAGGCCACAGCAGACUUUGUUUGGCAGACAACGUUUGGUUUGGGAAUCUCCUCUUCACAGCAAGAAAUCUCAACUCCUCAAAUGACAAAAUAUUAGCCUCAUCGCUUUUUUUUUUUAUUGAUCAGUUGAUAGUUAAUUUCCACUUUCUUCUGAAACCACAGUACUGAGCAUACAAACACCCACACAUCAAGAGCAUUCCUGUGUGUGUUUGUGUGUGCCGUUACCGUGGCAGUCCCCAUACAGCUAAAUCAUCAUGCCAAAGACUCAACUCCAACCCCUGACAAAUAUGGCUCCCAAACAAUUCACUGAGCUUCCUGAAGCCCGUUUCUGCCUUCGUCGUGGGUUUAAAACCCCAAAAAGAUCUGUGUGUGUGUGUGCGUGUGUGUGUGUGUGUGUGUGUGUGUGUGUGUGUGUGCGUGCGCACGACAUCCAACUGACUCAAACGAAUGAAACUUGGGACAGACCUGAGAAACCCUGCAGCUCCUGUGCGUGUAAACCUACCAUUUAACAAAGAAUCCACAAAAAUACCCAAUCAGACUCUGAAUCCGUCAGCUUUGAAUCAAACAGACGAAGUGAGUUGUUUUUCGAUAUGAGGACUAACACUUUGAAGAAUUCAGUAAAGAUAGUCUGGCUUAUUUAGACAAUUAGCUUUACACUCUGCUUUCAGCAACUGGUAAAGAGGACUGGGAUUGUAAAAAAAUAACAAUAACAAUAAUAAUGAUGAUAAUAAUGAUGAUGAUCAUAAUGAAUAAAUAAAUAAAAUUGGAUCUGAGACUGAAGAAUUCUUUUCCCACCUGUUUGUUUUGGUUCAGCUUUGUAUUGACGACAACAAAGUUGGUCAUUGAAACAUUGACACAAACUAUGUUGGUUCUCCAUUCUGCUCUGUGCUGUAAAAUACGAUAACACAAGACAGUUUGCUUUCUGACGCCUUUAAAAACAUUUUAAAAAGUGUCUUUUUGCAGUUUACAUUUCAAUAGCCAAUAUCACCAGUUAAUAUUAUGUUACUCAAAGGAAUAUUGAUGUGUUUUAUUGUAUUUUUUUUAUGGACAAAUAAUAAAAACACACAUAUAGGAUUUUAGUUUUUUUUUUUUCCAGACAUUCAUAAUUGCUUAAUUCUCCUUGAUCCUAUUUUGUAAACUAUGAUAUGUAACUUUAACAUUGAACAAAAAGUUUAUUAUUUAAUAAUAAUAAUAAUGUAUGUAUUAGCAGUAGAAUGUCGUAACCUGUACCUGGGGUCUUUUUUAUAGAUGUAUAUACAAUGACAGGUUUCAACCAUUAAAUGUGACCAUUUCACAAUGAA